AUGGCGGCCUGUUACAAUGGCACCGGCGGCGGGCAGGUUCUGUCCCAGGUGGACCCAAUGUUGAUGAGGUUCACGAAACUCACCAUUGGCAACUUGGAGAAGCGCAGCGUCGCCGACGCCACAGGCUUCUGCGCACAGGACGCCCUCGGGUCCGCCAUCUUCGUUGGGCUAAUCAUAGCGUUCCGGCUGCUGGUGAUGCCGCGGGCGAUCGUGCGGGCGGCGGGCGGGGCGCGCCUCGAGGACCUGACGAUCAGGGUCCGAUGCCUCCCCCGCGACAUCGACCGCUUCCACCGAGACUACAGCGACCAGCUUCUGGAACAUUUCGCCGACCUUUUGUACGAGAACGCGGAAUUGGAGGGCACGGAAGAGGAGGAUCGGGAAGCUCAUCCGGUCCGUGAGGUUUCUCUCUGGUACGACUACCACGGAGACAUUGCCGGCGUGCUGGCACAG